AUAGAAAACUCAACUAAUCAAGAAAAAUCGAGAGAAAUAAACAAAUACUGACCAAUACAAAUCAAUUGAUUUCUAAAUUGUUUUUCUUUGAUUAGUUGAUCGAUCAACAUGAACAGAGAUUCUCAAUGUAUCUUCAUCCUUUUAUCAUUGGUGUAAAUCUUUUAGAUUAUCGAAUUAAAUCCGAAUGGAAGACUUUAAGUAAACAAUUUAAAUUCUCAAAUGAAGAGUAAUAAUGAAAAUUAGUCGGAUUAAGAUGGAGAAGGUGAAAGAAGGUCAAAUGAUGAAAAGAAGAAAAAAAAAUGUUACUAAACCGCUUAUUCAUUAACCCGAAGCAUCAACGUCAUCAUGUUCACAAUUCACUUGACAUCGUUUAUUUUUAAUUCUGUUUCAUAAUUUUAAUCCACUUUGGUCACAAUCAAUAUUCUGAUCAUUUUGAAGAUUAAAAAAAACCAUCCAAGGAAUAUUUUCCUAUACUUACUGUUAAAGGAUCAACCAUUUAAUUGAUUUCCAAUUUCACUGAUUCACUAAUUCACUUGAUAGUGGGAGUUAAUUGCAGAUGUGAUAUAAUUAAUUUACUUUUUAAUUUUCUCAUCAAUAUCAAUCAAAAUCACCAAGAGAAUGUUUUGAUUAUGGUUACUCGUGUUUUCCAAUAGGUGAUGUUAGUUGUUUAUUGUUGGAAUUUUUUUCUUUUUUGAUUUUUGAUUGUUUUCUUUUGGAUUAAGAGGAGAAAACAAUUUAGUUGGUUCGUAUCAUUGUUAUUUGAUUGACGCUGGUUAAUUGUGUUCUGUUGAAAUGUUGUCAGCUGUUGGUAAACUGGUUAAAUACUCGGUUGCCAUUGGUGCUUCGGGUACGUUGAUUGGUACUCUUCAUGCAAAUGAAUGGCAAGUAUCCAAUUUGGGAAUCACCAGAUUUGGACGAGCUGCUUUUACCGUUGCCUCGAUUGCUGCUGAUUAUAAAUUGUCACUGCGUAAUUUAUCCGAUGAAACCGAGGGAUCUAAAUCUGCCUGGUCAGUUGUCCAUACAAGAUCAGCUGAGAAACUGUUGAAAUUAUGUUCAAUCAAUGGAGGUGUUUUCAUUAAAGUUGGACAACAUAUCGGUUCACUUGAUUAUCUUGUUCCACCGGAGUAUUGUCAAGUUUUACGUGUUCUUCAUGAUCGUGCCCCCGAAUCUUCAAUUGAAAGUAUUAAAAAAGUGAUUGCUAAAGAUUUAGGUAAAAGUGCCGAUGAACUUUUCGAGGAGUUUGAUGAGAAACCUUUGGGAACAGCGUCUUUAGCUCAAGUUUAUAAGGCAAAGCUUCGUGAUGGUAAAAUUGUCGCCGUUAAGGUUCAACAUCCUGAUGUCCGUUCUCAUUCACUUGUCGAUAUGACCAGUAUGGAAAUGCUUGUUCGCCUUGUUGCCAAAAUAUUUCCCGAAUUUUCAUUCCUUUGGCUUGCUGAUGAGAUGAAAAUUAACUUACCCUUAGAAUUAGAUUUUAUCCAUGAAGGUCGAAAUUGUGAAAGAGUUGGUCGACUAUUUUCUCACCUUAAAUGGCUCAAAGUGCCUUCGAUCCUUUGGCAAUAUAGUAGCCAAAGAGUAUUGACCAUGGAGUAUCUGGUUGGUGGUAAAGUUACCGAUAAAGAAUAUAUGAAAUCGAAAGGUCUUAACACUCGAAUGGUCUCUCAUCGAUUGGGUUUACUUUACAGCGAAAUGAUUUUCAUGCAAGGUUACGUUCAUUGUGAUCCUCAUCCUGGAAAUAUUCUUGUUUCUAAUGUCAAUGGUGAUCCUCAGAUUAUUUUACUCGAUCAUGGUCUUUAUACUACUUUGUCAGAGAAAUUCCGUCAUCAAUACAGUCAAUUGUGGCAUUCGUUGAUUAAAUCCGAUCUUGAAGGUAUCAAAAAAUGGGGAUCGGAACUUGGUGCUGGUGAUUUAUUCCCUUUACUUGCUUGUAUUCUGGCGGGUAAAACUUGGGAUACAAUUUCAUCUGGACUGACCAAAUCACGUCCAAAAGCCCAAAGUGAAGCCGAGGACGCUGAAUUGAAAAAUUACGCUCGACAAUAUUUCCCUCAAAUCGCUGCGAUACUCAAUCGAGUUCCUCGAGAAAUGUUACUUCUCUUUAAGACAAAUGAUCUACUUCGAAGUAUCGAAUACUCAUUAGGAACUCGAGGAGAGAGAACGUCGCUUCUCACAAUGUCCAAAUGCUGCAUCAGGUCAAUUUACGAUAAUAAACUUCGUGAAUGUCGUAACAUCCUCUCUUCAUCAAUAGUUAGAUUACAAAAGAACUGGCAAUUAACUAAGAUUUCACUCUAUCAAUUUUAUCUCUGGUUUUCAUGUCUACUAAUUACUAAUUGAAUUAGUAAUUAAAACUCUAUCACAAAUCAAAGUUUCAAAUCUGCCCUCCGGAAAAACUACUAAAUGACAUUCAAUUCAUUUUAAUUUUUAAUCAGUUGAUCACAUAGAUUUUGUUUCUCUCUCUCUAUUUUAAUUAAUCCUGAAUUAAAAAUUUCUAAUUUCAUGUUGAAAAUUAUAAUUAUUGAAAAGUUAAUACUUAAUAAAAUUAUUUAAUUAUGA